AUGGCCAACUCGCCCUCGUCCUCGUCCGUCGACGACCCCGCCGAGAACACGGCCGACGAGGAGGACUCCGAGGAUUACUGCAAGGGCGGCUACCACCCCGUCAGCAUCGGCGAGACCUUCAAGGACGGCAAGUACACCGUCGUCCGCAAGCUCGGCUGGGGUCACUUCUCCACCGUCUGGCUCUCGCGCGACAACACCCACGGCAAGCACGUCGCCCUCAAGGUCGUCCGCUCCGCCGCCCACUACACCGAGACGGCCGUCGACGAGAUUAAGCUCCUCAACAAGAUCGUCCAGGCCAAGCCCGACCACCCCGGCCGCCGCCACGUCGUCAGCCUCCUCGACUCGUUCGAGCACAAGGGCCCCAACGGCACCCACGUCUGCAUGGUCUUCGAGGUGCUCGGCGAGAACCUGCUCGGCCUCAUCAAGCGCUGGAACCACCGCGGCAUCCCCAUGCCCCUCGUCAAGCAGAUCACCAAGCAGGUCCUCCUCGGCCUCGACUACCUCCACCGCGAGUGCGGCAUCAUCCACACCGACCUCAAGCCCGAAAACGUCCUCAUCGAGAUCGGCGACGUCGAGCAGAUCGUCAAAAAGGUCGUCAAAAACGAGCCGGGGGACAAGGAGCCGAGCCGCAACGGCCGCCGCAGGCGGAGGACCCUCAUCACCGGCAGCCAGCCGCUGCCGUCGCCCCUCAACGCCUCCUUCAACCACAACAGCAUCUUCCCCCCCGCCGGCCCGAGCCUCGCCGGCGUCGUCAACGAAGCCGCCGACGCCGCCGCCGCCGACUCGUCCGUCAGGUCGCCCGACGACGCCCAGAAGCAUCGUGAAAAAUCCGCGGACAUCCUUUCCCGCGAGGUGUCGAGCAUUUCCCUCGAGAGGUCGGCCGGCUCGUCGGCCUCGACGGGGGAGAAGCGCAAGGCCGACGAGGCACACUCCUUGGACGUCAUCAGCGUCAAGAUCGCCGACCUCGGCAACGCCUGCUGGACCAACCACCACUUCACCAACGACAUCCAGACGAGGCAGUACCGCUCCCCCGAGGUCAUCCUCGGUGCCAAGUGGGGUGCGAGCACCGACGUCUGGAGCAUGGCCUCGAUGGUGCGCGCCCUCUGCCCGCCCCCCCCCGGGUACCCGUUGCCUCGCGCUGACCAGUCGCCCCAGGUAUUCGAGCUCAUCACGGGCGACUAUCUCUUCGACCCCCAGUCUGGCACCAAGUACGGCAAGGACGACGACCACAUCGCCCAGAUCAUCGAGCUGCUCGGGCCCUUUCCGCGAUCGCUGUGCCUCAGCGGCAAGUGGAGCCAAGAGAUAUUCAACCGAAAGGGCGAGCUGCGGAACAUCCACCGCCUCCGUCACUGGGCCCUCGCCGACGUGCUGCGCGAAAAGUACCACUUCAAGGAGGACGAAGCCAAGAGGAUCGCCAACUUCCUCACGCCCAUGCUCGAGCUGAUACCCGAGAAGCGGGCCAACGCCGGCGGCAUGGCCGGCCACGCCUGGCUCGACGACACGCCGGGCAUGAAGGGCCUCCGCAUCGAGGGUCUCGACGUCGGCAGCCGCGGCGAGGGCAUCGACGGGUGGGCGACGGAGGUGAGGAAACGAUGA